AUGGCAGUAAUCAAAUACCCCCAAGAAAUCAAGGUUGGGGUCUCGCCCAAGCGGAUGUUCAAAGCCAUGGUCACUGAAUCCUACACCAUCCUGCCCAAAAUUAUGCCCGUCGCCAUCAAGAGCAUUGAGCUGCUCCAUGGAGAUGGUGGCGCCGGAACCAUUAGGCAGACCAACUUCCCUGACGGUGCUCCAUUCCCAUAUGUCAAACAUAGGAUCGAUGCACUCGACACUGAGAACUACGUGAGCAAGUACACUUUGAUCGAAGGGGCCGUGCUGGGGGACAAGCUCGAAUCAGUCUACUAUGAGGCUAAGUUCGAGGAUUCAGGUGACGGAGGAUGCAUUGUCAAAAUAACAAGCGAGUACCACACAAAGGGUGAUGCUGAGAUCAAGGAGGAGGACAUCAAGGCGGGCAAAGAUCAAGCCACCGCAUUUUAUACCAUUGCUGAAGAAUACCUUCUUGCUCAUCCCCACGUUUGCGCAUAAUUUUAUCGAUACUUUUCUACUUAUUUUUUUUAUGAAAUAAAUAAGUUAUAUGAAUAAGAAUACUGACUUCAGGUUCAUGUAUUUUGAGUUGGAGUGGCUCUCAUUCAGCAUUAAUGAUCUUGUGUUUUUCCAACUUGAAUGGAGUUUGUUCAACUUACA